UAAAAGCGACUUCAAGCGCCGCAAGGCACAAACAACUCAGCGACCACGCAAAACAUACGCGCGUAGCAGAGUCGCAGGCUCUCUCUCUCUCUCUCUCUCGCGCGCGCGCGCGCUUGCGAAGAGUAGAUGGAACUGGGAAGGCUUCCCAUCUCAGUGUGAGAGGCAAACUGGUAUCGGCAGGCUAUACCACUCUUUCUUCUCUCUCGUCUUCCCAGAUUGUUCGAGAACUGGGGUCAACAUAAACCUCUUUCCAAAGAAUGAUAAACUAUGGAACAAUAAGAGGCAACCAAAUCUCUGGCAUAAACAUAAAAUUUUCAGUGUCCUUUACAAGAUGUCCUUCAAGAUGGCCCAAAUCAGCCUUGUGAGUAGACAUAGGGAGGUUUAUGAACCAUGUGACGAUUCAUUUGCACUGGUUGAUGCACUUCUCGCCGAUAGAAAUAACCUGUUAGAGCAUCAUCCAACAUUGUGCAUGGAAGUGGGUUGUGGUAGUGGGUAUAUCAUCACCUCUUUAGCUCUCAUGUUGGGACAGAAGGCUGCUGGAGUUCACUAUAUUGCUACUGAUGUCAAUCCUCAUGCAGUGAGAGUUACCAAUGAGACCCUAGAAGCACAUGGUGUUCAUGCAGAGUUGCUAGCCACUGACAUUGCAUCAGGAUUGGAAAUGCGUUUGGCAGGAUUGGUUGAUAUAAUGGUUGUGAACCCACCAUAUGUGCCAACACCCGAAGAUGAAGUGGGUCGUGAAGGAAUUGCCUCUGCUUGGGCAGGUGGGGAGAAUGGCCGGAGAGUUAUCGAUAAGAUAUUGCCAAUUGCUGACACUCUAUUGUCAGAUAAGGGCUGGUUGUACAUGGUCAUGCUUACGGCUAACAAUCCCUCAGAGAUAUGCCUUCAAAUGAGAGAGAAGGGAUACGCUGCUAGAAUUGUCAUCCAGAGAUCAACAGAAGAAGAGUCUCUCCAUGUCAUCAAAUUCUGGCGGGAGUUCAAUACUCAAAGUAGGUCAAAGGAAUUGAUGACAGCAAACAAAACAGUUCCUGCAAGAGUCAUGCAGGAAUCUCCAGUCUCACAGUUUCCUAAAUCUGACAUUUUUAGCCAUGGUAGCUGAUAAAGGUGAAGGUAAAAGAAGUGUGUAACAUCUUUGACCUCAGCCACAUUAAGAAUUAUUUCUUUUUAAUUUAUAUUAUAAUCUGGAUUACUCAGUCAA